GCCCCAAUACCUUCCUUUAUACCCCUAACACCUUCCCCAAUUCCUACUCCUAUACCCACAAUACCUUCCCUUAUACCCCCAAUACCUCCCCAUAUACCCAUAUCUACCCCUAUACCCCCAAUACCUUCCCUCAUACCCCAAAUAUCUGCCCCAUACCCCAAUACCUUCCCUUAUACCCCUAAUACCUCCCCCAAUUCCUACCCCUAUACCCCCAAUACCUUCUCUU